UGACAUUUCGUUAUCUAUUAACACGGCUAUUGUAAUGGCAACCAUAAACUCAGGACAAGGAUUUGCUCAAUUAGAUACCAUGGCAGCUUUUUUAAAUAUGCCAAGUAUGUCAAAUAUGACUUACCAAAAGCUUCACUUAGAUGUAUCAAAUCACACCAAUGAUACGGCUAUAGAAGCAAUGAUACUAGCGGGAAAUGAGGAAGCUGAAAUUGCUAAAAAAGAAGGUAAUGUAAAUGAAAAUGGGGGUACCACUUAUAACUGUGAUUGCCGACGGUGCUUGGUCGAAAAGAUCAUACAAAAGUGGUUAUAAUGCACUGUCUGGUGUAGCGUCAAUUAUAGGUUAUAAUACAAAGAAAGUACUAUAUAUGGGGGUGCGUAAUAAAUAUUGUUCGAUCUGUGAUAAAGCAAAAUUAAACGGAAAUACCGCUUCAGCUCACGUGUGCUUCAAAAAUUGGGAUGGUACUUCCACAGCAAUGGAAGCUGAUAUUAUUGUGGAAGGAUUUCGGCAAAGCAUUCCAAUGCAUAAUAUUAUAUAUAAUAAGCUUAUAGGAGAUGGUGACUCAAGUGUAACUAAAAAAUUAUUUCUGGCUAAACCAUAUGGACGCGAUAUUUUUGUUAAAAAAAUUGAAUGUAUGAAUCACAUUCUCAGAAAUUAUCUGAAUCGAAUCGUUGAUUUGUCCGUCCAUCGAAAAAGUUCUUCUGGAACAAUUGUACCUGGAUUUCUUAGGAAAGUUUUAAAAGAUAAACGACUAAAAUUACGGUGUGCAAUAACCAAGGCAAUAGUUUUUCGAAAAAAUAUGACGUUGCAUCAUAAUGAAAAAGUUGAACUUUUAAAACAAGAUAUAUUGAACAGCCCAUACCAUGUAUUCGGAGAUCAUUCUAAUUGUGCCAAUUACUUUUGUAAUGGUCCUAAAGAAAGUGAGGUAAAUUUAGUCCCUCAAAUGGAAAAUUGUGGACUGUUCAAAGAUAUUUUAGGAGCUAGAAAUAUUGUCGCUCAUCAUGCUCAAAGCCUAAUAUACAACGUAAACAAUAAUGCAGUUGAAGGCUUUAAUAGUGUUGUUGCCAAUGCACGAUGUAAUACAGCGGUAACAUCGUUUAAUUGUGGACCAAAAUAUAUUAGUAAUUUACAUAAACAAAUUACGAAUACUAGCCCUGGAUUAUUUACAAAACAAUAUAUAAAAAGAGCAGAAAGAUCAAAAUUAAAACUAAAAUGUAGACGUUUAAAUUUCGAAAGAACGUUUCCAAAGAGAACAAAAAUUAUUGACGGACCAGAUGAAAAUUAUGGAGCUGUAAAUGAAUUAGAGUGUAUAAUAACUGAUAUGCCACAUGACAAAUAUUUAAAAGAGAAAAAAAUAUUUUUAAAUAAUUUAAAGCUAACUAUAAAAGAAACAGAAGAAGUGGAAAGAAAAACUGUAGGACAGCAAAAUAAUAAUGAAUGGCAAAAGUAUAGGAAAUCACGUCUCACAGCUUCAAAUUUUGGCAAAGUGUGUAAGCUUAGAGCAAGCACUUCUCGGGCAAACACCGUCAAAAACAUACUCUAUGAUAUUUUCCAAGGAAACUCUGCAACUCGGUACGGCAUUGAAAAUGAACCAAUGGCCAGAAGAGAUUUUGAAAAAAAAUUUGAUGUUAAAAUUGAACCAGCAGGGUUAUUUAUACACACAAAACUUAAUUAUUUAGCCGCAAGCCCUGAUGGACUAAUAGGCAAAGAUGCAGUAAUCGAAAUUAAGUGUCCUCAAAGUAUAAAGGAGUAUUCACCGGAAGAAGCUGUAAAUAACAAAAAAUUAAAAUAUAUGAUUUAUAAUAAUGAAAAACUAAUAUUAAAAAAAAAUAAUUGUUACUAUUUCCAAGUACAAGGACAACUUAAUAUUACAAAACGAAAAUGGUGCUAUUUUGUAGUGUGGACGCCCAAAGGUUUUGUAGUUGAUAAAAUAUUAAGAGACGAGGAAUUUUGGAAAAAUAAUAUUGAACCACAGUGCACAACAUUUUAUAUGGAAUCUUUAGUCCCAGAAAUUAUAGACUCGAGAUUUGAUCGAGGAUUACCUAUAAGAUCUGGUUUACCGGAACCAUAAUAUUUGUAUAUAUAUUUUUUAAUAUAUUCUCUAAAUUAAUACAUACAACGUGUAUUAUUAUAAUAUAUAAUCCUUUAU